UGUAGUACACCGCUGCCCUGGGAACCCCCAAGCCAGUUCUGAGGCUCAGAGUUGUGGGGGGACAGGUGAGGUUCGCAUCUCCUUCCCCUAUCUCAGAACCAAGACGGAGUUGCAAAGGUGCAGAUCUCACUGCUGCAUCUCACCAGAGCCUCACGAUUGAGUCUUUCCUCAGGCAGACUUCGGAGCUGAGAAAGGGCUCCCCGGGACAGACACAUGGACACUGACCACGCACAGAAGGGAGCUUGGCGGCCGAGAAAGAAGCUGCCUCACACCACCAUGCACAGGCUCCUGAACUGGGGGCUGCCAGGCCCCUGUGGCCGGUUCCUGAGGCGUCAGCCUGGCGAGUUCCCUGUCACCACCUUCCUGCUGGGGGCAGGCACCGGGGGGCUCCUGGCUGUAGGCCUCUUCCAGCUCUUGGUGAACCCUGUGAACAUUUACGAGGAGGAGAAGAUGGUAAUACUGUAUAGCAUGGUAGGUUUGGGGGCCGUGGGCUGGGGCACCUCCCCUCACAUCCGCUGUGCCAGUAUGCUGCUCGUUCCUAAGAUGCUGGGCAAAGAGGGCAGGCUUUUUGUCCUAGGGUACGCCCUGGCUGCCAUCUACGAGGGUCCAGUGGCCAACCUGCGGCACAACCUCAAUGAAGUGGUGGCGUCGCUGGGCUGCACCGUGGAGCUGCAGAUCAACAACACACGCUUGGCCUGGCGCACAUCCACCGCCCCGCUGCGGGCCGUGUUCAAGGACCUGUUGAGCAGCAAAAACGCCCUGAGAGCAGAGACUCGCAACAUCUCCACUUCCUUUGAAGAACUGGACGCCCAGGUGCGCGGCGAGGACGGCUACACAGCUGAGGAGGCCGCUGGCACCGCGGAGGAGGCCUCAGCCCCAGGCUCAAGGGCCCGCGCGCUCCCUGUCUCCCGACUCCGCCUCUCCACCCAGCAGAUGUACGAGAUGAAAACCAAGCUGCGCUGCUACAACAUAGUGAACAAGGCCAUUCUCAGCUGCCACGGCUGGUUCACUCAGAAACACCAACAGUGCCUGCAGCGCAUCCAGGUCCCACUCCUCAACCACCUGCUCUGCCUGCCCAUGAAGUUCAAGUUCUUCUGUAACAUUGCCAAGGUGAUGGGGGUUUGGUGCCGCAGCCGCAUCCCAGUGGAAGGGAACUUCGGGCAGACCUACGACUCCCUCAACCAAUCUGUGCGAGGCCUGGACCAUGAAUUUUCAGCAGACAUUGACAUCAAGGAAGAGAAGCAGAGCGGGCUGCUGGGCCUCAACAUGAGUUGGCAGCACGUGAGCACUGAGGUGCGGGACUACGUGGAGCGCCAGGAGGCCCAGCUGGAGUGGGCCCUGAGCCUGCUGCACACACUGCUCUCCUGCGCCUUCCUGCUGGUCCUGCAUGCCUCCUUCUCCUACAUGGACAGCUAUAAUCACGACAUCCGCUUCGACAACAUCUACAUCAGCACCUACUUCUGUCAGAUCGACGAACGCAGGAAGAAACUGGGCAAACGGACUCUACUGCCGCUCCGUAAAGCCGAGGAGAAAACCGUCAUCUUUCCCUGCAGGCCCACCAUCCAGGGCUCUGAGAUGGCCAACGUGCUGAGAGAGCUCCUAGAGACACUGCCGGUCCUGCUCCUGCUGCUCCUGCUCUUCGGGCUGGACUGGGCCCUCUACUCCAUCUUCGACACCAUCCGCCAACACUCCUUCCUGCAGUAUUCCUUCCACAGCAGCCAUAAACUGGAGGUGAAGGUCGGGGGAGACUCCAUGCUCGCUCGACUGCUUCGGAAAACCAUUGGGGCCCUGAACACCUCCUCGGAGAUGAAGAUGGAAUCCAACAACAUGCCACACUCACUGUCCCCACAGCGGGAGAAGAAACGGGUCCUGUUCUUCUACAACGAGCUAUUGAGAAAGAGAGCGGCUUUCACCAAGCUCAGGCGAGCUGCCAUCCUGAGGAGGGCGCGACAGCAGAGGGCUCCGGCAAGUCCUGGUGGGGCGCCGCCCCUGACCUCAAGUCCACUGGAAUACAAUGCAGACCACGGUCCCCUCUCUCCGCCCCCUCCCAUCAUCCAGUUCCUUGAGGUCAAGGUCAGGUUCACUUCUAUUAUAGUCCAAGCUUCAGCCCAGCUUGGGGGUGCUUGGGGACCCCAAGGCAGACAAAGGAACCAGCUUUGAUGCAGCCUGUUCCAAGAGGGGCCAUCAAAGAGAGCUCAGCAGAAAUGGGGUGCCCAGUCAGAGGAGGAAGUGCCAGCAGGUGGACUGGGCAGAUGGCAUGGGGACAACUCGGCCCAGAGAAACAAGUUUUAAUCCAUACUCCCUUGAUCAGCGGUGUGACCUUGGCCAUGUCCGCACCAGACCCUGUCUGUCUGAGGCAUCGGGAGGCUGGAAAGGUCCGCAGGGCCUCCUCACUGGACACCAAGCUGUGGCACCACCAGGGCCAAGACUCUCCCUGCCGUGUGGUCUUGAGCGUGCACCUGCUGUGUGCACUGCCCUGUGUGCCUUCCCCCUGGAGCAUAAGGGGUUAACCCUUUCUUCUGGUUACUGCAAGGUCAGGUCUUCCGGUGGCAGGUUCCUGUCCUGGGUAUUGUCACUGGGUAGCCCUGGGGAGGUGCCCACCUAGC